GCUGUGGCUCGGAGAGGAGAGUCGGGAGUCUCGGGGAGAGCGAGCAGCGACCGGGGAGACGGCUGCCAGAGCCUGAGAAAGCUGAGUGACAACCGACAGAGCUGCUUUGACAACUCCAAAGGGACAUCACCCAGCUUCUCCGGAUUCCUGCAUGGAUAGGACUUGCUGCUGGUUGAAAAGAGACAGAGAGAGGCAUCACGAUGGCGACCAAAUCGCCGCCGCCGCUAAUGAAAAAACAUAGUCAGACCGAUCUUGUGAGCCGACUGAAGACGCGCAAGAUCCUCGGUGUGGGAGGGGAGGAUGACGACGGGGAGGUGCACAGGUCUAAGAUCAGCCAAGUUCUAGGGAAUGAAAUAAAAUUUGCCGUACGGGAACCUAUAGGUCUAAGGGUAUGGCAGUUCCUCUCCGCUGUGAUGUUCACAGGAAUCGCAGUAAUGGCUCUCGCCUUCCCUGAUCAGCUGUAUGAGGCGGUCUUCAAUAAAGGUACCGUGAGCAGUAAAACCUCCACGCGCCUCUACGGCGGAGCCCUGUUAAGUAUCUCCUUAAUAAUCUGGAACUCAAUGUACACGUCAGAGAAGGUCAUCAUCCGGUGGACGCUGCUGACGGAGGCGUGUUAUUUCAGUAUACAGCUCAUCGUUACCAUGGUGACCAUGAUCGAGAGCAGCUCCACGACCAUCGCCGCCUCCGUCCUCGUCUGCAGUUGCCUCAUGUUCGUCCUCGUCAGCGUCUACUUUUAUUACCAAGUCGGACGCAGGCCCAAGAAACUCUGAAUCUUGGAUUUUUAGUACCAGAACCUCCUUUUUCAUUUUUUUUUCUUUUUUUCCCCGCAAGUAGACUCCCAUCAUCUUAUGGGAUGGAGGGGGUUGUGAUUAUUUUAACCAAGAACUGUAGCCAACUUGGUCUUCAGAGACACGAUCACCCCCCGACACAGGGUCCACUGUGCAGCCAGGACUGGAUGAAGCGCACGGCACCCGCCCCUCCCACCUUUGUUUUACCGUAUCCGCCAUUCUGCUGUGUGCACACCCCUCUUUGUAUAUUAACCCUUCAAUAGCCACAUGGUCAGUUUAAGCAUGUUUCCGCCGACCUGGGGGGUCGUAACCGCCCUUGUCCCAAAGAAUGUGGGCUAUUUCUCAUUUUCCUGCCCCCUGUAAACAUAAGCGCUUUCUGUUUCUGAGAAAGCUGGGUGGUGACGACCAAUAUGGCCUCCAUUACAGGGGUUGUCGCACAGUUUCUGCAUGUUCCUGAAUGGCUAAAUGCAAUAACCUAUCCUUUGCACCGUACAGUACAUAGUUAGACACUCGCCCUUCUGGAGCCCGGGAAAGCUGGGUGGCUGCCCAUUCGGAAUCUGUAAUGGCAUCCAUAUUGCUUUUUCCGGAACAGUUUUACAAUUUGACAGAAGAGCACUUCAUAGCCUCCGCCGCCAUCCACAGUGCAUCUGAAUCUGAGAGCCUACUAACAGUUUGGCUGCCAAAGCAGUGCCUUCUAUCUCCCUCUGGCAGCCAAGGGGUUAAAGGCUGCAUUCCUAAGUCGGAGCACUGUUAAGUUUGUGCACCCUGCAAAAAGUUAAAAAAAUAAAUAAAAAUUGGGUUGUGCGCACCCACAUAAUACAAUGGAUUGCUCUGCAGCGCCACCUCCUGGCGGGAUGGAUGUACUGCUGGUAUCAUUGAUGUUUACAGGACUAGCUGGCACAGACGGACACAUUCCCAGAGACGUUUUAUCCAGGAUGGGACAUAGGUGCUGCAGCCAUAACUGAAAGCAGGGCAGGCUUCCCGCGUCCUCAGGAGGAUAUUUCCCUGCACGGAUGUGUGACAGGAUGUUAUGCAUGGAGCUGCCAUGAGCAGGAAAUCUGCGGUGGAAAAAGUCCAGGUCACAAGUUCCCAGAAGUCAGCAAUGCUGCGACUAUGAUUUAUCAUGGGAGGAAAAUAAAUGCUUUUUUUUCCAUAUCAUUUGCAGAGAUCCCCCUCCCCUUCCAUAGUUGCAGUUGUCAGCAAGGGGUUAAAGGUUGCUUUUGAUUGGUCGCAACAUUCCAGUCCUCUGGGGGUGUCUGCAGCGCCCCCCAAACCACUGAGACCCUCAUGAAUAUUGCAUUGGACUCCUCUUCCAGCAGCUAGUGACGACUCCUUCCCCUGAACACUGCCUGUGACUAGAGCGCCCCUUGCCAAAAUGGAGCCUUUUUCUUUUUGCUUUUAAGUUCCUCAGCCUCCUUGGGGCCACAGAGGCGGCAGCCGUUUUUGUAAGUAUCACCAAGGAACUCCCCAUUCUAGCUGCUUCCCCUUUGUAGCCUGUAGGUGCACUUUAUCUCCCCUCCCUCAUCAGUGUAUUGUUGUUUUUUUAUUUUUUUUUGUGAAUACUGUUGUAUUAUUUUUCUUUGUGUUUUAAAACUUUAAUACCUCAGUAUCUUCCAUAAUAAAAUAUGCAUUCAGCAACA